AUGCCACUAGAUAUCGAACAGGACAAUAAUCCGUCCUUCUACGGAAGUCGGUCGAUGUUGGCGGACCCCUACGGCCAUAACAAGAACAAGAAAACCACCACAGAAGUGCAUCCGGACUUGGUGAACUCGACGAUAGGACUAUCCAACAAAAUCGUGCAAUUGAUAAACCACCCCAAAGUUCAUGUUGAAAUAGUGGGAUCGGAACUGCUCAUGUCGCUGCUGGUGAUUGUGUAUGCUAUUGAGCUCUCUGCUGGUGAUACAAAUCUGGUUGUAAAACGACGUUAUUCCGAGUUUAGGUCACUUCGUGAUGGCAUAACAAGGUUGUACCCGACGGAAGUGAUUCCACCAAUUCCAGGAAAACACUCUUUUCUUACCUAUCUCAUCAAUUCCAUCAACAACUCGAAAGAACUUCUGAUCAUCGAGACCAGAAAACGGUAUUUUUCCCGGUUUCUCUCCGAUAUUUGCACCCAUCCUCGUCUAAGACAAUGCCCUUUGGUGCACAAGUUUUUGGACCCAAACUACGAAAUGUGCUGGCAAGACGCCAUGGCAGAACCCCCGAUCCUGAUGGUCCCGAAUAACCUUUUGCGGGCCAAUCCAAUGAAUCCUACCGAUCAAAAUGGCCUCUAUUCUCUCCUUCCAAUCGUCAACGGUUACGACUAUACGGGGCCAGAUCACUUGAGUAACUUGAAGAAAGUGGGUGACGACUUGGCUAAAAGCACAACCAUUAUCAGCACGCAAAUUGGGAGGCGAUUUCGAGAAUAG